GCCCACUGCAUAAGAGAUCACGGCAUAUGCCUAACGGAUUCCAUUAUGAUCCUAUGAACCAUGGUCCUAAUAAUGGUAUAUAUGGUCCACCACCAACGGGUCCAAGUGGAAUGUCGGGAAGCGGCAUGAUGGCUCGGGGAAGAGAAGAUCAAUAUCAUCAUUAUUAUCAUAGGAACGAUUAUCGACCACCUCCACCUUAUUUUGAUCGACAAGGACCGUAUGGACGAGGUCAUAUGAAUAGCAAUAUUUCACGACGUCCUAUAGGUGGACCACCAAGACCUCUAUCUCGGCCACAAGAGCGUCCAC